GUGAAACAUUAGCACAGAUUACUUCGUAUGAUGAUGGUUAGGGGUCUUUUUGUGUGGCGCCGUCCCUGGAGUUCGGGUCAGGCUGCCCCGUACUUCAGGUAGCCCCGUUUGUUUAAACAACCCCAAUGACAGCUAUAUAUAUGCACUUAUGCAUAUAUAAUUAUGUCACAGCUGACGGGAAACCCCGGACAGAUGUUCACAGGUGACCGGUCGCCUUUGCAACCUCUCAUCAUGAGAUGUAACGACACCAGGUUCGACAACAUUGAGAUGAAGUACGAAUAAAGGAAACCCCCUUUCUAUUUCAACUAGAAUCAGUCUCAUAAAGGGCCACUUCAAGGUGCUCCUGGGCUCGGGAAGACGAAUUCACAAAUGAAGCAGUACUCAUGACCGACCUGUCCCAGGUCCUGCCGGACUUCCCCGUCGCCCAAUAUGCGCGUCUGCUGCCAACCAUCGAAAAGAACCAGCUAACCGUGACGGAUCUUCUCACUCUUGAGCUCACUGAAAUCGGGAAGCGCACUCAGCUACCGCUGUUAGAUGUCAAGCGGCUGUGCAAUGCCAUCCUGGCCGCGCUUCAUGCCGAUCUUGGCGUAGGUGCCGCGGAGAAGGAUGAUGAAAAUAGCGAAGGAAAGCGGAACCAGAACCAAAAUGAUUCCCGACCGGGGAAGCAUGCAAGCAUCGGGCGGGCCUCUCUAAGACAAUCCGGCACAGAGCUCUUAGCACGGCCCUGGCACACCAUCAGCACGCUCGACGCCUCUCUAGACGCAGCCUUAGGCGGCGGCGUCCCAACGGGGUACAUCACCGAGAUCACAGGCGAGAGCGGCGCAGGCAAGACGCAAUUCCUGCUCACGCUGCUCUUAUCCGUGCAACUCCCGCCUCCACACGGGCUAGGCCGUCCAGCGCUAUACAUAUCCACGGAAGCCGCGCUCUCGACAAAGCGGCUCUCGCAAAUCCUAUCCCAAAACCCGUUCUUCCGCGCCUUGGACGCAGACGCUCCCAAGCCCUCCCUCGACCGCGUCAUCAGCACCGUGACGCCGGACCUCGAGUCGCAGGACCACAUCCUCACUUACCAGGUGCCCGUGGAAGUAUCGCGGCGCAACAUCGGGCUGGUCGUGCUGGACUCGGUGGCAGCGAACUACCGGGCUGAAUUCGAGCGCGGCAGCGGCGGCUCUAACAUGGCCGCGCGCAGCGCCGAACUCGUGCGUCUCGGGCACUUGUUGCGCGAACUCGCGCGGAAGCACGAUCUCGCCGUCGUCGUGGCGAACCAAGUCGCAGACCGCUUCUCUUCUUCCUCGAAUCCCUUCGCGUCGUCGUUUUCUCCCGCGGUUAAGAGCAGCGGGAGCACAAGACCCUCCGUCUCUCACCGUAAUCUCGGCCCCAUGUCCCAGGAAAGCCCACUCGCCUCGCGCAGCCGUAACAUCAACACCCAUCCAACCUCUACACUCGACGCGGAACCGACGAGCAGUAUGGCGGACAUAGUAGUCCGCUCCAGCAUGCCGGAGCCGCCUCCCGAGGACGCCGCGCCGACUGCGCCCGCGGCGCUCGCCCUCGAUCAUCAGCAGAGAUGGUUCACGGGCUGGGGCGACGACCCGUAUUCCCACCAUCACGAGACGCUGAAGACGCCCAGUCUGGGCCUCGUCUGGUCCACGCAGAUCGCGGCCCGGAUCGCGUUAUUCCGACGUCCUGCGUACGGGCGGAAAGUCGUCGUCGACGGCGACGGUGAGCAAGAUGGCGGCGAGAAUACAACGACGUACGACGACGAGUAUGAUGUAAACGAGAGCGUGGGCCCGUAUAUCAAGUCCUGGCGCAGAUGGAUGAAGAUCGUCUUCGCGCCGCAUGUCCCCGGCACUGGGCCGGGUCUCGAAGGCGCUGUUGAGUUCGAGGUUGUGGCGGGUGGAUUGAAGGGUGUCGAGAGGAAGAAGAAGGGUAAUAAGAGGGGCAAGGUAUAAGCCAUUUACUUGUAAAGGGAGACGAUGGGAGAUAUUGAGGGUCUGGUAUAGGAAUAGACCUGGGUAGAUGAGAUAUUGCGACAGAUUUUUGAUCAUGGAUAUCCUCCUGAAUAGCUAGGAUGCUUGUAUACAUAGGGUGAUGAUACCCGAAAGCCUGUGCAUAAGAAUCGUACUUAUACAUGUCACAUAGAAGACGCAACAGCCACGUAAUUAUCUCAAUCCAUUGAGAUAAAUAAUAACACUGCGA